UUUGAUCGACCAGAUUUUUGUUAUAUUUUUUUUUGCAUCUCUAAAAACGAUAACGUCAGCGCCUAAGUAAUAACGAUUUUGUUUAAGUAUCGAUUCGAACCGGAAUUUGUCAACGAGGAAAUCGAUUUUUUGUAAGUCCACCGCUAGAUAAAAUCGGUCGAAUCGGUUUACACGGUUUAACCAAAGAACGACAAACUAAAUGUAAUAUAAAAGCCGACCAACUGUUUACCGAAAUCAAUCGUCAGUCGAUCCGUUAACGCGUAGCCUAAUAUAAGCUAUUUGAUAAACUUCAGUCAUGGAUCUUCGCGGUUCCACUCGUUUUACAAUUAUAGCGGUAUGCCUAUCGUACGUCGCAUUUACAGUAACGACUUCGACGGCCUAUGUCAUCCAGAGACCACCCAUGGGACACACGGGCGAUUUCAACAUUUUACCACCGACAAUGAAUGCCGGCCAAUUCGUCCAAGAUUUGCUGCCAAAAAACAUUCCAAAUCCUUUCCAGGAGCUGAUGUUGCCGUUUAAUACAAUAGCCGAAAAUACCGGUUUUGGACCCAGCUCUGCGUUUAGAUCUAUACCGAAUCAAUUGGACCCGUGGCAAUGUUUUGGCGGUAUGGAUAAUAUUCAUAUUCCGGACUUCGCACACAUCCUACAACAACCGCCUUCCGGAUUCAACAUGAUACAUUAUCCGGAAAUUGGGGCUCUUGGGCCUUUCCAACAUCCCGAUCAAUGGUUUCCACCACAUGUUCAAAGGGACCCCAUUUGGACGGUUCCCAAUUUGCGGUGUUCGCAGUAUAGUAAUCCUAUACAACGACUCCUCUGUCGUAUCAGAAACCAAGCCAACCGUUUCCGCCAGAACCGCAAACCUCUUGAAGGAAAAACUCACUAAGCAAACGGCAUUUUAGUGUCUAAGCGGCUAAAUCUAAAAAAAAAAAAAUUGUCGCUGUAAACACCAUUUAAACCCCAUUUCUGUUUUCUACUGAACCAAAUUGUAUUUGAGAACAGAAUUCGAUAAUUCAAAUUAGCCACCACAUAGUACCAUUCGAAAAUACCACCAAAUUCGCCGUAAAAUCUACAUUGAAGAUUUUACUGUGAAGUAAGAUUACUUCAAUAACAUUAUAAUUACUCUGUUGUUAAUGUACUAUAUAAACAAUUUGUAAUUUGUUUGAUUCUA